AUGUCUAGUUUAGUAUCAAUGAGUUACAAAAAUAAAAAAACCAAAAUCACAAGCCUUAAAAAAAAGUCUAGUUUUGGCUCCAAUGAUAUAAACAAAAAAAUAAAACAAGAAGAAAACAACAGAUCUGAUAGUCUUAUUACUGAGAAAAAACAAAAAAAAGAAAAUAUGCUAGAGGUUACUAUAGAAACUCCUAAAGGCCAGAAGAAUAAAACAGCAGAACUUGAAGAAGAAGACUUGUUUUCAGUCACUUCUUUGAACAAUAAAAAUCAAAUUUUAGAUAAACAAACAAAACAAACAAUACAUAAAGAGCCUAUAUCCAAUUGCAAACUUGAAACAAUGAAUACAGAAGAUGAAAACAUUAUAAUGCAAAAUGAAAUAACAUCAGACACAAAGAUGUUAAUAAGCAACAAUAAACAAGAAAGUCAAUUAGAACAUCAAAUGAAAUUAACUGAAGACAAGCCAAAUAUGAAACAUGAAAAUGUACUAGUAGAUUCACUUGCAAGUCUGUACAACAAUGUAUGGACAAACAAUACUGAUCCUAUAGAUAAAGAGAAUGAACAAGGUUUUAUAGUAGUUUCCAGAAAAAAGCAUAGAAAUAAAAGCAAAAUCACAACUCCAAAAGUAGAAAGAACUACAGUCCUAAAAACAUUAGCUUUUUAUACAAAAGCCAGAGGACUGCAAUAG